UAGUGACAAGUAUUGUGAUUUUGCCAGCUGUAUUUCUGACUACAUCAGUGGGGCAAUCUAACAACUGAAGUCAUGAAUUGUUCAUCAGGUCGAAACAAAAAGAGAAUUUGCUGCCUUGAACCGAAAUACUUAGCGGAAAAAUACCCAGAUUAUUCAAGUGGCUUUCUAAAAAAGACGCACUCAUCCAUGGGAUGCGACAGAAUUUUGACAACGACUUUAUUUCUCGCUGCGAUGUUGCAAGCACACACUGGAAGUUGCAGUAUUUGUAAAUAUGGUGAAAUCACCUACCGAAGCAAUCAAGCGGGACAGAAGGACAAAUGUGGCCCAUGUAUUGAUUGCCCAGAUGGAAUGGAACCAUCAAUUGCAUGUGGAAGUGUCGCCGAGUAUGGGACGCUUUUAGACUGUGUAGCGUGCAGGGAGGGAACCUAUUCAGACACAUAUGGGAAAGAACAAUGCAAACCGUGUGCCUUAUGCUCUGCCGGACGCACAGUGACUCGGAACUGCUCUACGACUUUGAACAGCGAUUGUGGUUCUUGUAAACAUGGUUAUUACGAGAAAGAGGUCGUUGAGGGUCUCAUAUACGAUUGCGAGCCGUGUUCUGACUGCUGUUGGGACAAUAAAGACGAAUUUGAGGAGCAGUGUAAAGCUCAAGGACUUCCGCGGCACCAAAGAUGUAAACUAAGAAACGCAGACAGAGACAUAUGAAAAAGUAUGGAAACGACUGGACAAAAAGCCGGAUAAAACAAAGAAGGGCGACUACAAAACUGUGGCAUCAGAGUUUUUGUUUGAAAAAGAGGACAUAUGGGAACUUGAGAGGGAACUUCACUCGUAUAGAUCGGGAAGUCCUUCU